ACUUUGUUGUCUUGGCGUAAUGAAGAACAAAAUCGCAAAAUAAAUUUGCUUGAACACUAUUUUUAAACAACAUUUAUUCAUUUAUCUUCAAUGUUGUCGGUGGCUCUUGUGCUAGUAUUCCUGUCGUGCGGUAUAUUGGCGUGGCGGCGGAGAAACAGGAAUAAAGAUGAGCCCCCACCGCUCCCGGGCGCUUUGCCACUGAUUGGACACUUUCACUUGUUCGUUGGAAACAGUUCACAACUAUGGGAUUCAGUAAAAAAGCUGUGCUAUAACACCUUGGACGCUGAUGGAGUUGUAUCUUUUUAUCUUGGACCCAAAACAGUAUACUUUGUAACAGACCCAGACGACUGUUUGAAAAUCGCUAGCACGUGUUUAGAAAAGGACAAGUUUUACAAAUUCACAAAGCCCUGGCUAGGCGAGGGACUAUUGACUGGUGAUUUGCAAAUAUGGAAGGAACAUCGGAAGCUUCUGAAUCCAGCAUUCAAGCAGUCUAUCUUAGAUGGAUUUAUAGACAUUUUCAACAAAGAAGCUCGUCGUCUGGUCAAGAAUCUAGAAGUGGAAGUCGACAAAGGACCGUUUGACCAAUUUGCCUAUAUUCAGCCUAAUGUUCUGGAAACCAUAUGCUUAACUGUUUUGGCAGUGGACUUCACUGAUGAGAGUUUGCUGAACAUCGAAUAUAUAAAUGCUUUAGAAAAUAUACUGAAAUGCGUAGUAGAGAGAUUCCAGACGCCCUGGCUGCACAGUGAUGUCAUGUUCAACUGGUCCUCCUUGAAGAGGAGGCAGGAUGAGUGUCUGAAGAUCUUGCACAAUGUGUCAAAUACUGUCCUUAAAAAGAGGAAAGCAGAAUACUUGAACAAUAAUCUCAACAAUGGGACUGAAGACACGACAAAAGGUCUGAAAUUCCGUCCCUUCAUGGACCUACUCCUUGAACUAGCAAUAGAGAAAGGCGCCUUCAGCGACCAGGAGAUCAGGGAACAUGUUGACACCAUGUUAUUCGCUGGCCAUGAUACAACAGCAACUUCACUCAUGUAUAUGAUGCUGUUAGUUGGAUCCUACCCUGAGGUUCAGCAGAAAAUUUUUGAAGAGUUGCACAACGUUUUUGGUGAUGAUGACAGGGACGUCACGAAACAAGAUCUGUCACAGCUGGUGUACCUGGAGGCUGUGUUGAAAGAAAGUAUGCGCUUUUACCCCGUCGCGCCCGUGAUUAUAAGACGUCUUGAUCAAGAUGUUAAACUAAGAAACUGCACUCUCUCGAAGGAUCGAGCGUGUUUUCUGUCAUCCUAUGGAGUCCAUAGACACCCCGUGUGGGGUCCAGAUGCUGAGGAGUUCAAGCCAGAACGCUGGCUGGACUCUGAAACGUUGCCAAAAUGCCCCACUACAUUUUCUGGAUUUGGUAUGGGAAGGAGAAUCUGUAUAGGUAAAACAUACGCUAUGAUGACAAUGAAGAUCGCCAUGGCUCACGUGUUUCGACGCUACAGGGUGUCCGGAAAUCACUUGUUGAUGACGACUAAGCUGGACGUCCUGCUAAAACCAAUAUCCGGACACCAUGUAUCAAUUGAAAUUAGGAAAAAUAAAACAUAAUUAUAAAAUAU